GGAAUUUGUGCUCAUAGCUAGAGUGUUCCGCCUUUCGUUGAAACAGGCGAAGUAAGGCAGAACUCUCAUAUCUGCUCUCAUAUGCAUAUUUCAGCUGCUUUCCAAACAAUUAUUGGUCGCUUGACGUAGUUUGAUUGUUUAUAGUAGCUCCCAUCGAUUUUCUUGGGCGUCUUACGUGACAACAGAGAAGAGAAGGGGCCAUGCACGGUCCACAUACGCUAGAACAGCGCAACAUCUGUCGAGAAUGGCCGCGUCUGUCGCUCCCAUCUCGUAUGCCUCCUGUGCCGGUUCCGGCAUGCCGGAUGCAGCGCCGCUCGCAUGGUCACAUCUGCAGCGCUGCGGAGCGCGCAUCGUCGUCGCCGGUCGUCACCGUGACUGAAAAGGCUUCUGCUGGCACACUCGCGCCUCACGUGACGCCACCCUCGUCGUUUGCUGCUGCCUCCAACGGUGGUCCCUCCACGGCUGCCAAGGACCGUUCUCCGAUCUCGGCACGGCAAGGCAACUCAGCGGGGGGCGGGGCAGGGGGCCCCGGUGGCGGGGGCGAGGAGGAGGCGAGCGACUCCUACCAAAUUGGCCUGGAUGCGUUCAGUCAGCAAGCCCUGCUGUCAGCGUUGACCGCGGGUGCAGCGGCCGCCAUCGCGCGGGUCGCCGGGUUGGACCUUGGAUCCUGCCUUCGUCUGGAUCUGGAGGCGCUGGGCUUGGCGCUGGAGCUGUCGGCCCCGGUGCUGGUGCUGCUGCUGGUGGUCAGCGUGCCCCGCUGGGCUCCGCCGUUCAAGGGAACUGAGCUGGAGCGGCUGCGUCACAACUUCUACAUGACGGCGCAAGUGCUUCAGCUGUACCUGGAUGAUGAGGACGGGGACGAUGACAGCGAGUCGGACUUGUCCGCAGGCCCGGGCGGCAACGCGGGUGCGGGCGGCAGCAGCGAGCGGGCACGUGUGCGGCGGCGGCUGAAGCUGGAGCAGACCGCGGGUUGGCCCUCCAUCAGCAGCGGCCUGGCCCUGAUGCAGGCCUUCGCGCUGCAGCCCUGGAACCCGCCCACCAGCAACAACGUGUUUGCGGCGGCGCUGGCGGGCCGGAGCGUGUGGCAGCUGGCCAACGAGUUCCUGGUGCGUGGCACCUUCUGGGGUCUCAUCAGCGGCGGCGUGGCGGCGGCCCUCAGCGGCGCAGACACCAGCGACGGCCUUUUGUUUUACGGCAAGGUGUUUGGUGGUCAAGAAGUGAUCACCUACGUCUCGGGUCUGGCACUGGUGGCGCUGGCGCUGCCGGGCGCGCUGUGGGAGGCCAGGAAUGCGCGCAACUUCGUGCGGGCCAGCGUGGUGGGGCCGGUGCGGGACGCAGCCAUCUUCUGCACAGGAAACGGUGUGGACGAGCCGGCCUACUGCGACCCGGCCGGUUUCGCCAUGAUGGCGGCGCGGCGGCCCGGCAACGCCGCGUUUGUGGCGGAUGUGGUCACCCGCACUCGCGCCUGGCGCUCGGGACCCCAGUCGUCAUUCAGCAGCGUGAGCAGCCUCAGCAGCAUGGACGCAGUCGGCGGCGAGGAGGCAGCGGCGGCAGCCAACGCGGCGGCGGCGGCAACAUCGUCAGGAGGGGCAACAGCACAGUCGGCGGCGGCGGCGGACAUCGCGGCACGGCAACAAGCGCAGGCGCAACUGCAGGCGCCCUCUGGUAGUAGCAGCAGCAACGGGAAUUCUGUGACCGUGGCCGCAGCCAGCAGCAACAGCAGCAGCGGCCACAAUCUUAACGACGGCUACGGCAGCGGCACCGACAGCGACGACGGCGACGGCAGUAGCAGUGGCAGCCAGCAGCUACUGCCGGGCAUGGGGCCCACGCUCAAGGCCUCCAGCACGGAGUUUGAGUGGGACAGUGAAGACAUGGGCGUGCUACUGCGGGUGGAGACGUUGCAGGACAAGCUGGCCUUCGCCGCCGCGCUCUACUUCCAGCUGCUGGCGGCCUUCGCCAUCAACGGCGCCUUCCUGGCCUCGGACGGCAACCUGCUUGCGUCCUUCGCCGCUGCAUGGCUGCUGCGCACGGGGCCGCUGCUGCUGGCGGAGGCGCACGCGCGCACGGGCGGCUCCGCCUACGCCACGCUGCCCGACUACCAGGGCAAGAAGGGCGGGGGCCGGUAGCGCGGCAGGGUUUAGGCGGUGGUGGUUGGGAGGCGUGGAGGGGCAGUGCGGGGCGCGGGUAAGGGAAUGGGGUAUGGGAGGGGCGGGGUAGGGGAACUGGGGUAUGGGAGGGGCGGGGCAGGAGAGGGGCGCGGCGUGUUGGGCACGGAUGAGGGUGGGGCAGGGGUCUUGUCAUCACUCAUCAGGGAGACUGAGGAAGGGUGGAUGGCAGCGCGGAGCAUGGGUAUGAGGCAGCGUGCGUUACCGCUGAGCUGGUUGCGACGCCGCGCGAGUUUUGCUGUGGUUCGACCGGAUCGCGAGUGCGUAACUGGAUUGAUGGAAGAAAUGCAGUCGAGGACUAUGCGCGUUGUUCUUGUGUGGCUGGUAUGUUGCAUUGUUCUGUGGCGAGGCCCUAUGGUUUAGGGGCCAGGUGUCCCAUACGGUUUCGUGGUGUUGUAUACAGCAAGGCUGUUACUGCAGUGUGUUCGAGUUGCAGGUGCCCCGGUGUACGUAAUCGAGAGGCUUGCAUUGGCGGAGGUACGGCAUUGGCGGUGGUACGCCGCUGGUGAUGUCUUCCAAGCGGCGCGGCAAGCGUGUGUGGUGAUAUACGAGUAUAGAGCAGCUGAAAACCUGAAGUGACAAGGCAAACAACUACCAAAGGUCACCAGCGCAGGCGGGUCGUGGAGGCAGAAGAAGUGUAACCGGUCUUGGCAGUGCUCCCCAGGCGGUGCGACCGUGCCACGGUGACUGCGCAUGGUACCGUAUCAUUGUGCGCGUUUAAUUGGUGUACGAACUGUGCGUCCCUCACAUGGGCACGGGCAACAGCAUUCUGGUCUCUGGCUAAGCAUUGCAUCCGAACACCGAAGGUGGGUUCUCCUUCUCAAGGGGCUAAGUGGGCUGUGCCGCCACGCCACGUUGGGUGCAAUGUCUGAGGCCGAAGGUUUCGAAACUACCUC